AGGCGCGAGCUGGAGUGGGAGCAGCACAGGCAACAUAACCAACUGUGUUCAGUUACCAUUAAUAUUUUCUAGUCGACAGUGUACGACAAUGAUUUAAAUAUACGCGUACACGUAUAUAAACAUUAUAAGCCCUUUCUUUUUCAAAUAAGCGGUGAUUUUAUGCGAACCUUGUUUCGGCAUGUCGGUCGAUCAUAGCGGAAAGGGUUACGCACCUUUACCGCAAAGCAUAAGCAACACGGACACCGAAGACGAGGAUGAUUGUUUGGCUCGACAAAACGAAGCCUCUAAAGGACAUACUAAUGAUGUAUUAGCAGAAACAACUACUAUCCACGAGAACGGGGCGUACUACCCGCUAGACGAAACAAAGAAUGUGGCAAAUCGUAUAAAGAAUGGACAAAACAUGCUUAAAUAUUACAGAGACGACAUACCUAUAAUGGUAGUCGAGGGAAAUGAUCGCAAUGAUUUAUGGAAACGAAGGGACAUGUCUCUGUUUAGACGGUUUUGUUUGGUUACUUCUAUAUUAUUAUGUAUCGUAACAAUAGUCAUAUUUCUAUAUGUUUUACCUUGCGAUAAUUCAGUGGUAUGUCCCUCUAUCGAUGAAUCUCAAUCGCCUAUAUCGUGGGAUAAAACUUUACGAGGAGUAGAAUUACACGGUCCUAUUUCUAUUAUUCAUGGAAACCCGUCGAGUAUUAUAUUCCUCGUUCGUGGACAGCGAUAUAAAGGAAACGAUACGAACGAGGAACAGGGACAAAUAUCAGCGGAAGGAGGAGGAGUAAUGUCGAUGCAAGGAAAUAGUGGUUUACCGUUAUGGUUGGUUUCUUUGAAAAGACCACCCACAGAAAUUGACUGUAUCACGGUUGACACAGACCGAUCUGGAAAACCAGAUUGUAUAGUCGCCGGCGAACAAGGCCUUUUGGCUAGCAUCGAACCUAUCGCAGGCACUAUACAUUGGAGUUUAAAAAUCCAUACGUUCGACAAGCUACCCGUGAUCUUACCAGAUAUCGAUUCAGACGGGGUUAAUGAUUUCUUAAGCGUAGAAGUAGCAACGAAAACUAUGCCUAAUCUUGUCCUUUUAUCCGGAGGAACUGGUCAUCUGUUAGGACGAUACUCACCUAAAAACUGUUCAUCGAUCGAUAUAUACAACCUUGUGUCUAACGAGACCAUAUCUUACGUCUGCUUGGACGGUAAUAAAAAUGUGACUAAAACCAUGACUUUCAUGGGAUUAUUUCAUGCCAUGAAGCUACCAGAAGCAUAUAAGCAAUUUGUAAUGAAACCAACAUUUCGUUUGUUCGAAACAUUAAAACUCGACAAUGAAAAUUAUAGUUGGAGGCCUAUACCGUAUCAUUAUCUAACUAUAAAGAACGACGGAUCGUGUCCCGGUGAAUUUUGCAAGGCUAGCGUAAAUUUAACGUUGCAAAAAUCGGGGAAUCAACCGGUAACGAUUUGGCAUUACGAUAGUCCUAAUACUUUCGUGUCGAAGCCAGCUUUCUUGCUAAUGUCCGAGAAACCUUACACUACUGGAUUCGCCAUUAAAUUUUGGCAAUGGAUCGACACAAUGUCCGAGCAUACGAAAAAAGUCUCUGGUACAACAGAGAGAAGAUUGAUAGAGAGGGUAUUGAUAGUUUACGUAAAUUACACGGAUGUACAAGUUAUGAAUGUGAGUCAAAGCGAUAUCACUCAAUUGUGUCAGGGCACGGACUGUCAACCAAAUUUGAAUUUUAGGGGUCGUUUUAGUUCGAUCAAAAUUGAUUGCAUUAGCGAAGGUGUAUUUCCAGAAUUGAUAACCUAUUGGUCUUCGUACGACAUAGAAUCACCGAUGGUAUUAACGUCCAAAGUCCAAGUCGUAAAAUUAGAUUCAAUCGUGUCUAAUUUACCGCGUAUAAAUGUUUAAUGUUACUCGUACGUUUGUUCAGUAGCUACGUUUGUUUGUAGGAAUACUAGAUGUCCAGUUUUAUCAUACAAAAUUAAUGAAGUAACAACGAAACGAAACGAAAAACAUAAUCGUUUCUCAAACAUAUUUAAGAAUAUUUAUUAUUAACGGUGACUGGUCACGAAUCAAUUAGAACUAGUCAAUACAUUAGCCGUAACAGAUGAUUUCGAACAUCGCCUAAUUUGUUACUAAACAAGAAUUUUUUAAACGAUCAUUUCCUACCGAGCGGCCAUUGUUAACGUCUACAUAUUUUAAACAUAUUUUUAACUCUUAACGGUGCCUUGCAAAAGCUAUAUAGAAAACUCACGAGCAAAUAAAUAAAAUUUAAACGUGCACACUUGCACGUUACUAGAGAACGCGUUACGAAUUUUACAUGUUUAACAAAGUUCUAAAAAAGGAGAUAGCGAAAGUUCCUUUUCUAAUAUUACUUCGCGUGCGUGAGAUUUUUUAAAGUAAACGUAUUCAGUUAUUCUGAACGAAUUGUUUUCCUGAAAAGAGUAGAGCUUAUUGCGCACGGAACGCUAUAGUGCAGCGUCGCAGAGGUCUAAUAGCAAAUAAAACUUUUACUCUAGUCAUGUUUGUAUUAACCUUUUUUUUUUUAUCGGAGGUUAAGUACGUUAUUGUAAUUAAAUUUAUUAAAUGUACGAAAA